ACUCAGAAAGAAUUAACAAAUGUUCAAAAUGUUUUAUUAAAUUUGGAAGUGUGAACAUUUGAUUGCUUGAAAACAUUCUGUUUUCAGAGCUGUCUUUAUAUUUAUGUUUUGAACCUAGGAUUUAUAAAUAAUUUAUAAUUUAUACACAUUUAAGUAUACCUGACUUUUAUGCAAAGUUUCUAUCACAUAUAUUAUUUCCUUCAUCUCUGUAAAUAUCUGAAAAUGUGAAAUUUGCAAUAACUGAAGCCUCUGAAAUUUCAUUAAAAGUGCUCCUGUUAUGCUUGUGAUGAUUUUUUUUUCCAAUUUGUGUAUGGAUUGAAUGAGGGAUUGUUUAAUCCCUCAUUAAUAUUUGUCUUGUUUAAUGAGUUCAUUAAACAAGACAAAUAUUUCAUGAAGUUAUUUUCUAGAUAUCCACUGAAUCUGAAUGGUAGCAAAGGUGGUCAUUUCAAAAGGGGGCUGGCCUAAAUUGUUGAUCAGAUUACAUAAAAGAAUGCACUAGGAAAUGCAAUUUAUUUUAUCUCAGGAUAUUGGAACAGGUGAUAUUUGGUACUAGAGUUAUGACUGGAUGUCCCUUCUGGAAGAACAAAUACCAAUUUAAUUUUAGUAAAUUGGCUUUGGAAGAUGGGGCAGAUGACAAAUCACAGGAAGGCUUAAACAAGGCUAGCAAAAGUGGUCUUAUCUAUGGAGACUAUCUACACCUGGAUAAAAUAUUGAAUGCACAGGAACUUCAGAGUGAAAACAAGGGAAACAAAAUCCAUGAGGAACAUCUGUUUAUUGUGACCCAUCAAGCUUAUGAAUUAUGGUUCAAGCAGAUCCUGUGGGAACUGGAUUCUGUUCGAGUGAUAUUUCAGAAUGGUCAUGUGAAAGAUGAAAGGAAUAUGCUGAAGGUGGUUACUCGAAUGCAGAGAAUUUCAUUAAUUCUUAAAUUGCUUGUGGAACAAUUUUCUGUCCUAGAAACAAUGACAGCUCUGGAUUUUUUUGACUUCAGAGAUUAUCUGAGCCCAGCUUCAGGAUUUCAAAGCUUACAGUUUCGAUUAUUGGAAAAUAAGAUUGGUGUUCCUCAGAAUUUGAGAGUUCCAUAUAACAGAAGGCAUUACCGGGAUAACUUCAAGGGAAAGGAAUAUGAAUUAUUGCUUAAAUCAGAACAAGAGCCAACAUUACUGCAGCUAGUCGAAGCAUGGCUGGCAAGAACACCAGGACUUGAACCAGAAGGAUUUAAUUUCUGGGGAAAAUUUGAAGCAAAUGUACUUAAUGGAUUAGAACAAGAAUAUGCAACAGUACAGGCUAAAGAAAACUCCGAGGAAAAAGAAGAUCAAUUGGCAGAACUUCAGAAGCAAAAAGAAGUACUUAUGUCAUUAUUUGAUGAAAAACUCCAUGAACACCUUCUUAGUAAAGGUGACAGAAGAUUGUCCUAUAAAGCAAUGAAAGGAGCUUUAAUGAUAUACUUCUAUAGAGAGGAACCUCGCUUCCAAGUUCCUUUUCAGCUUCUUACUUCUCUUAUGGAUAUCGAUGUGCUAAUGACUAAAUGGAGAUAUAACCAUGUGUGUAUAGUGCACAGAAUGAUUGGCAGCAAGGCUGGGACUGGAGGUUCAUCAGGCUACCAGUAUCUACGCUCAACUGUGAGUGACAGAUAUAAAGUAUUCGUUGAUUUGUUCAAUCUUUCAACUUACUUGGUGCCAAGAAGCUGGAUCCCAAAACUGAAUCCAACACUUCAUAAAUUCCUUUACACAGCAGAAUAUUGUGACAGCUCAUACUUCAGCAGUGAUGAUUCAGAUUAACAGCUUUCUUUAGACAAGUGUUACAAACCCCACGUUUUUAAUAUAUUUUUAUAUAUUGAGCUCCACUUUGAUAAUGAUGGCAUAAAAGCCUGGAAGUUGUAAAGUCAACACACCAAGAAGUGCAGGUUUCAAAAAAACUUAUAUUGUGUAAAUUAAUAAUUUAUAUAUGUUUAUGUAUUUAUGCACAAUAUACAGUAACAUAGACUUUAAUAUAUAACUAUUUCAAUUAAGUAAUUAUAAAAUAAAAUAUAGAGAUAACCAAAAAGAAUUUUAAGCUUCACUUUUAUCAGUUUUAGCUGAUUUAUUAGGCUGACCCAACAUGUUUCUGAUUGCUGCAUUAAGUUUGUAAUAAAGAUAUGAUUUUAGGUUUAUUACAUUUUA